AUGGCAGCUCAACAAGCCCAUGCGAGUACUAGGGCUCUGCGAUCCGAGUUCUUGCAGCCUGGUCACAAAGAAGGUCUCCCAGACUUUCUAAGGAUAAUAGAGGAGUACGCCACUACAAGGAUAGAAAACUGCCCACAACCACCACCACACCGAAAAACCGCAGUGAGGUUUGCGCACGAGCUUUUUGCGCACGGUACUCUAUUUGAAGAUGAUUGACAAUCAGAAAUAGAAUCACAAACGGUUGCAUCCUCCCCAUCCUCCCACUUGGAUAGCCAAACUAGUAAAACUUUGGAUAGUCAAACUCUGCAGAUGCUAAAGACAAUAAAGAGUGAUUCACCUAGUCGUGCUCUCAAAGAAGACCAAGAAAUUUUUAUCAGGUGAACUCCUGCCAUCAGGCGUGUUUAUAGCGGCUCUUCAGAUGGCGAAUAGUGAGAAGUUGAACGGCGUAAACAUGGACUUUAGCCAAGCGUGCCUUCUUGCGAGGGACGACUUCGUGUUAGCGUAUUUCUAUUUCGUUAGAUUUCUCAUUGUUAUUCUUGCUUUCGCUGCUGAUGCGGAAGUGACCGUGACCACAGAUCUUGAUCCUUUAGAGAUUCUGCCUCCUUCCGCCUCACCCUUGUCGUUCCAAGAUUCCUAUUGAGUAGUAUUCUCUUCAACACCACCAAGUUCCUACUGAAUAGCAUUCCUUAGUCCUCCUAUACGAGGAUAUUCGUUCAUAACAUCCCUACCUGGUCCAGGUGGAAGCCCCUCUUGCCAAAGCUGAGAAUGCUGAUAGCGAAAGAAGCACAAGAAAUACCAGAGCAUCUCAUAAGAACCUUCAUCAGCACGUGGUUCACGUGGGAAGGGAUAUGGCUCAACGAUAAGGAGUACAACUUCAUACAGAUUUUGAUUUUGAUUCGGAUUGUCGAAGAUUUAGGGAACAGGUACAACGUAGCUGGACGAUGAAGGGGUCUUGGUCUUCCAAACAAAAAGUACAACUAAGUAGAUGUUGAAAGAGUCUUGUUGGGCAAACUUCUUCACCUCCAGCACAACUGAGAACACCAACACAACAACAGGGACCACGCAGUGGAGGCCUUGCAGCCAUUAGCGAAAACAAUUCUUAGCCUUUCGCCAUUUUUGGAGUCUAGGAAAAAGGAGAGGCUUCAUCCAUAUCCCAGAGUACUAGCGCAGAGGGUACUAUUGUCAGUCUAUUGUUUUGUUCUUCGAUGAUGCUUUGAUGUAGUGGUGAUUAAGAAAGAAGUAGUAUCAAUAUAUAUUAUCAUGUUGUUCUUCGAUGAUGCUUUGAUGUAGUGGUGAUUAAGAAAGAACAAGCAGUAUCAAUAUUAUCAUGUUGGUCUCUAUGUCAUAUAUGAACCGCAAGUCUCUACAACUUGAUCUAAAUUUCCAACUUCAGCAAAUAUCAUAUCGAGCACUGAUCGGGUUUAUACAGAGCCUGUCAGCUCUAUCAACGCAGUGUCUUUCUAGUCUUAGCAGAGAACCUGCACCAGAUCCGCGAUUGUUUCUUCUCAUGGACUAUCUUCUGCAAAAAUCGGGGCAGGCCGCAGCAGAUGGGUAUCAUGUCUUGUUUUAAUAGAACUACUUGUUCGAGAUCUUAGUUAUUUUUCAAUAGCUGCUGCCGUUGUGCAUACAGGCAGUAGGUAUCCUCCAUGAUGAUGAUGAUGAUGAUGAUGAUGUGUUGCUUCAAGCCUGUGAAUUGUCCUAAACGUAAACGGGAGCAUGAAAUAUUCGACCUUUUCUCAGGACCUUCUGCGUAGAAGGAAUGUCGGAGACGCCAGACAUAUAUUUCGUCGACGACGGGAACAAUAUCAAGCUUUCGGCUUAUGCUUUUCGGUUCGAGGGUCAGAAGGGAGUGGUAGUUCUUCUUCUACUGUAACUUCUACUUGAUCAUCAUCUCUACUCGUACUCAGUCUCAAAAACGUUUUAAGGUUUGGAAAUUUGAGUUGUUAGGCUCAAAAACGUUUUAAGCACUUAUGCCAGUACCAACAACAUGCACAUGUGUUACAACAUCUAAUGAUCCGUUCGUCCUUUUACUUUCUUUUUUUCAUUAUUAAUUGUUGAUAGUUACCCUUUUCUCUUUUAUAUCUUCCUCUGGUCUGUCUUUUUUCUAGUUAGGUCGGCUCCACCACAAUUCUUACGUUACUUUUCCUGGUAAUAUUGCCUCGUCAUAUUUCGUCCCGAACUCACAGGUCGCCCGCUCCACCGAACUUCUAAGCGCCUUCGAGGAUGUGAAGACAACACUCUUAGCCGUCCAAGCGGGCGAUUUGAUGAAGUUGAAUCCAGCAUUAGACCAGCACCCCACUCUGACGGAGACCAUGCUGCAUUUCGAAAAGACGUUUAAAAAAUGCAAACGUUUGUUUUUGGAGCCAGAUAAUUUGAUUUAGGUUUCUUGUUCUUAGGUGGUGCGGGAAAUGACUAGAACUAGUACAACGAGGAUUUUAUCAUGGUAUGAGGAGCACCAUCAAGGGUACUACAUGGAAUGAAACGAGCACGAGUUCAAUUAGCACUACAAGCACUUACCGAUUUCGAUGAGAUAACGAGCACAAGCACAGGUCUAACUCAAUGACGAGCACGUUGUGAUCGGUUUUUUAGCAUUAGCACACGCAGAAGCAAGUUCAUUAGGAUUUUGACUAUCACGAUAAGAUACAAGGAAAUUAAAAUAAAGUUUUUAGCAUUAGCAUUAGCCAGACAUCAAUAUGAGAGUUGUUGCAAUAGUUGUCGACUUAUAGCACGAACAAACAGCAUGUCGCACCUCCAGUUCGCCAAACUGGGUGCAUGCCAUGGCGACUGGUGAGAUUCAUCGCGCCUGCUACGAAGUGUCAGAGAUGAAAAGCAGAUGGACAAAUAGAACACCAACAAGACGAAAAAGUCAAAACAUCCCAUUCAAGACACAAGAAAGGCAUUGUGGCCUCCCUCUACUAGUUCUGCUGGUAAAGACAAAUUAGAUCUCGAUUUGGUUGUUGAUAGCCGAGCAAGAUCAGUAAAAAGAAGAUCUUCCAGAUGUGAUCCUGAAUCCUGUCGUUCCAGAGUAGAUCCUGUUCAUUUGAAAAAGCAACUGAUCUUCUUCGUUCCCUUCAUUUGCGAGUCUCUAGUUGUAG